AUGUCCGUGGACGCCAUCUCCCUUCUUGGUGAUGACAUGUCCGUUUCAUCCGUCGGCAUCAAGAAGGUGACGGGAGGUUCAGUGACCGACACGCUGCUGGUGCCCGGUGUCUGCUUCAAGAAGUGCUUCUCCUAUGCUGGAUUCGAACAGCAGCCCAAGCGCUUCGAGAAUGCCAAGAUUCUGCUCCUGCCCCUCGGUCGCCAAGAAUCUGCAUGUUUGGGCGACUUCCCCGCCUGCUAUCAGUAG